CUAUUCCUUACUGCAUCUGCUCCGCCACCUGCAACAGCAGCGACGCAGCGAUGGGGAGCUGCUGCAAAUUAUAAGCUUACGAAAGACCAGAACUGAGAGAGAGAGAGAGAGAGAGAGAGAGAGAGAGAGAGAGAGAGAGAGAGAGAGAGAGAGACGCGCGGAAACAUAGAAACAUAUGGUUUGUCUGAGGAGCGGCUAUUCCCGAAGAAGACUCUUGAAACUUAACUCGUCUUGAUCAAUGGAUGGGCCGUUCACGUGACAUGAACUAGAACUAUUUUUCGUAUGCUUUCACCUGUGCGUGCGCCCGUGUUUCCAGCUUGUUUGAGUAGUUUGAGCCGGGCAGAUUGCGGCUGCCGUGCCUGCUGAACGCUCACACCCACACUCACACAGAUCAUCACAAGACGCGGCGCAGCCUACAAAAGCUUCUUGCAAGGAGGAAAUUGAAUUAGAUAAGUUAUUCCCACAGAAGAGCGGCACAGGACUGUCCGUCUCUUGCCUCCCUCUCAUCUCAUCGCUUCACCAUAUUUGCUCUGGGCUCCCAGGAGGCUCGUAUUCCCCUCUCCUAGCGCAGCUCCCCCCGUCGCAUCCCGGUGAUUUCCCCGGUAAUAAGCCAUGUCUGGUGAGUGUGUGACCAUCCCGGAUGACCGGGCGUUUGCCAGCUUCAAGGCAGAGUGUCUGUGCGAGGAGGGCUGGAGUCAGACCUACACCAAGGGGGGUAUCACGGUGUGGACCCAGGCUCUGGAGGAGGGCAAAUCCAUCCACAAAAUCAAGUGUCGGAUGGUGAGUAAGGAUGUAUCGGCUGACACCAUGUAUGACGUGCUGCAUGACAUUGAGUACAGACGGAAAUGGGACACAAAUGUCAUUGAGACCUUCGAUAUCGGAAAACUCACCGUCAAUGCAGAUGUUGGCUACUACUCAUGGAAGUGUCCAAAGCCACUUCGGAACCGUGAUGUUGUCACGCUUCGCUCCUGGCUGCCGAUGGGAAAAGAUUACAUCAUCAUGAACUAUUCUGUCAAACAUGCUAAACACCCUCCUAAGAAGGACAUGGUGCGAGCUGUGUCCAUUCAAACUGGCUACAUGAUCCAGAGCCAGGGACCCAACCACUGUACCCUCACCUACUUGGCCCAGGUAGACCCACGAGGUUCACUACCCAAGUGGGUUGUCAACAAGUCUUCCCAGUUUCUUGCUCCUAAAGCGAUGAAGAAGAUCAACAAGGCGUGCUUGAAGUAUUUAGAGUGGAAGCAGAGACACAACCCCGGCUUCAAGCCCUGGCUCUACCCUGAACAGAAUACAUUACCCAGCAUCCUGCUGUCUGAGCUCAGUAUCCAGCACGCUGACAGCCUGGAGAAUAUUGACGAGAGCUCCCUCGCCGAGGCCCAGGAGAGAGACAGUGACUAGCGUUCGCACACACACACACACACACACACACUCACACACACACACUCACACACACAGAUGCACUCACACACAUACAGUAGUGCAGGGAUACAUGCAUAACUAAUACACAUCCAUAUUCACACAUAGGUGUAUAUACAUGCACAUAUGCUCAUACACCGGGAUGCACACAGUUAUUCAUGCGCACAGACACACUCAUACAAACUCAAGUCUCAUAAGUGUAUAAACUCAUGUGCACCCACACACACACCAACUUGCAAGGGGCUGCACGACUACAUCUUUUUUACAGCUUGGUAAAUAAUAAUUAAUGAAUUAGUAAUUUUAAAAAGUAGUCAAUGAAAUGUUGACUGGUCAUACAAUCUCUGAUUUUUCAAAAUGUGGUUGUAAAUAUAUUACCACCACAGAUGGGAUUCAAUAGUCCUGCGUGUCCAUAAUGUGACGUUUUUUUCACCUUCUCAUUUCUCAAAUUCAUAUCUGAUGUUCAGUUUGACUUGAUAACACACCAAUUUACAUAAAAUAAUGAGGAAACAUUCCCCUGCAAAUUACAAAUUUCCUGGAGAUGGAUCUUGAAAUUAAUACAUUAACUAAAAGUUAUUUUAAUUCAAAACAGCGCCUCCUGGUGGUGAUAGAUUGGUCAACUUCUCAGUGCUAGCCCCAAUGCAUAGACAUGUAUAUGCACACAUACAGAUACACACCCGUGUACACACACAGACACACACAAUGCAUAUUUACAUACAUGCAUACAGACAUGCACACAUACACACACACACACGGUCUCAUUGUGUCUCUGCUCCUGGUGUUUCUCUGUUAUUCAUUAUGUGUCUGGAUCACGUCUCCCCUUGUUAGCACAUAAUAAAUAUGCAGGUGUGCAGAAGGCAGCUGGAACACACACACACACACACACACACACACACACACACACAUACACACACAGACACACAGACACAAACACAUGUCAUACACUGACAUUCACUCUCACACAUACUGUGUGCUCCUCUACUCUUGAGAUGUAUGAAUGUAUGUAGAGUUUAAAAAUUAAAUACAGAUUCCUACAAAGGUUUUCAACUUUCA